AUGAAUAUCCCCAACGAGUACAUUUCGAAAACGGAGGAUGUGGCGGAUCAGGUAAUACGUCGCGGCAAAAAUAUUCUACCUACAGUCGCUCGUCUAUGUCUGAUUGCGACGUUCUUCGAAGAUGGUUUACGUAUGUACUUCCAAUGGAACGAACAACGUGAAUAUAUGGAUAUGAGCUGGGGCUGUGGCAAAUUUUUGGCUACAGUUUUUGUGUUAGUGAAUUUGUUUGGACAACUUGGUGGCUGUGUUAUGGUUAUUGCUAGGUAUAAAGUCGAGAUUGCUGUGGGUUUGCUCUUUUUCAUCGUAGUGCUACAGACAAUAGCUUACUCUAUACUUUGGGACAUACAAUUCUUGUUUCGCAAUCUCGCGCUGAUCGGCGCAUUACUGCUCGUAUUAGCCGAAUCACGAGUCGAAGGACGUAGUCUGUUCGCUGGUGUUCCCUCACUUGGUGAGAAUAAGCCGAAGAAUGUUAUGCAGCUCGCUGGUCGUGUACUGCUUGCAUUUAUGUUUAUUACACUUAUACGCUUCGAACUGAGCUUCCUUCAGAUUGUGCAAGAUAUAAUCGGUUCGAUUUUGAUGGUUCUAGUAACAAUCGGCUAUAAAACAAAAUUGUCUGCACUCAUCCUCGUAGCACUGUUGACCGUUUUGAAUUUGUAUCAUAACGCGUGGUGGACCAUUCCUUCUUAUAAGCCACUUAGAGAUUUCCUAAAAUAUGACUUUUUCCAGACGCUCUCCGUGAUCGGCGGUUUAUUAAUGAUUGUGUCACUGGGGCCUGGUGGUGUAUCAAUGGACGAACAUAAAAAAAAAUGGUAGACUUCGUCGCCGCAGUACACAUGCUUAUGUAAUCCGCAUGUAACAGAGAGGAAAUUAUUAUUUUUUAUUUUAUAUCAAUGUACUUUUGUUUCAUAAAUUAGACACCUUUUUAUAAAA